UAAUCUGUUAUAGUGACAUUUUAUAGUGACAUUUUCUUUUAGAUGUUGAGUAGGCUUCACAUACGCACCUACUUUCCAAACAACACAAAUGUAGCAUUAGUAGGCUAUCGGCUGAAGGCUAACGUUACCAUCAGAGUCCGUUUAGGGUAGCCUACUAUGAAAUGAAAACUGCACGGGGCUUCUGUGAAAUAUUGUUUCUCAGUUGUUUGUCUGGCUGCAGCGUAGAUGAACAACUUGAACGACCCAGACUGGAACAUAAGGCCCGACCAAGGGGCAGGUGGGGGUAACAGCAAAUGGAAUUAUGCCCUCCUCGUGCCCAUGCUGGGCCUCGCUGCUUUUCGAUGGAUCUGGUCCAAAGAGUCCCAGAAGGAGAUCCAUGAGGCCAGGACCAAGUAUGACAAGACCAUGAAAAUCAUCCAAGAGGACCUGGAAUUGAAGUACCGGCUGUCACUAGCAGAGAACCGCAAGGAGACAGUACAGUUGGAACUGGAGCUAGAGAGGGAACGCAGGCGGGCCCAGGGAUUCAAGCAGGCCUUGGCCUCACAGAGCCAGCAGCUUAUGGAGGAGCGCCGGGGUCUGAGCCGUGACCGCCAGGCCCUGGACCUGGAGAAGGGGCGGGUGCAGCAAUCUGGCGCCACUGGGGCGCUGUUCGACGAGGCCCUGGAGAAGGAGAGCCAGCGGGAGCAGACGGCGAUCCAGGCCCUUGGGCAGGUGGAGGAGAAGCUGGUUGAGAGGCAGAGCGCCUUCUGUAGCAUCCUGGUGCCCAGGGAGAAGAGGGUGGAGAUGGAGAAGGACCUGCUGGUGAUGGCGGCUCGCGAGCCGGCUCUUGCCCAACUGGGCAUGGACGACAGUCUCAGGGACAUCUUCAAAAAUGACCGCAGCUGUGCAGAAUACCUGAACACAGACAAACGCAGGAACGGGAGUCUGAUGUGGGUCUAUCUGAGGUACUGGCAGCUGCAGGUGUCUCUGGAGAAACACCAGAGGGCCGAGGCAUCUCUGCUGGGUACACAGCCCACUGAGAAAUAAGAUGGUCAAGAGCAUAUUGUGACAUAAAUGAUGUGACAGAUUAACACUCAUCUGAAUAAUAGGAUGAACAUUUUAAUCAUGCACUGCACAUUCCUGAUAAGUACUUUAAUAGAAAAUAAUGUGGAAAGGUUUUUUUUGGAAAUCUAUAAAUAAAAUGUUUAAAUAGA